CUGGCAGUGGGUUUCUGCCGGCUGCUCGCGCCGCAACUGCCUGCGUCAGUCAACUUGCCGAGCAUCAGGGUCUCUGCACCAUAGGUUGUCAGUGGUGUGCGUACGCUGCGCUGACGCUGAUAAUAAACGAGCUGCAAGAAUACUUCAGUGUACCCCAUUUGGACAAUGAACAGUUUCAUAAUAGUAUGAAAUUAACAUAUUAGCCAAAUUUCCAAAUACUUUUAACACGUCUCUCACAACAUAUUACCCCAAAUGGCAGGAAUUUUAGAAGCGUUUCUAUUGUGUGCUGUCAUAUCGUGGCUUUUCUUCAAGUGUGGUUUGCAAGAAAUGGUUGAUGUUGUUGCAACUCGGCUUCAGCAGUUGAAUAUUCAGUGGGAACAGAAAUGGAAACCACACCACAAAUUGGCCAAUGUAGAAGCCUUUAGAGAUCAACAGAAACAUUCCUUUGCAAGUCUAAGACGUUAUGGUUACCAAGAACGUAAUCGUCAACGUUUGGCCAUCAGGGACAACAUCAGGAUUACCCUGAAUAGAAAACAGUUUCUUAUUAAGGAAGUCCCGUGGGACAUCAAGCUGAGCUGUAAAGGAAGACCAUUCAUGGGUCUGUGUUGCAGUACAUGUACACCGACCAGUCAGCAAAAUUAUUCAAAACCGGCCAAAUUUAAUAAUGUACGUGACGUUCUUCUGGCAAAUACUGCCGAAUAUAGAAACGGAUUCUUGUCAAGAAACCUCUGCCACCUCGCAACUGUGUGGAAUCUUAAAAAAUAUGAAUACCCAUACAUUUAUACAAGUGUAUUACGCGACGAAAGAUUACAACAAGCAUGUGGAAUGGCAGCAGAUCAAGACAUGAGAGAAAUGAGCCAGAAGAGUGAAGACAUAUAUCAGAAGCUUGUAAAGAAACAUGAAAAAAGGGCUGCUCAAAUUUUAUGCAACAUGUGUUCAACGUUAUCAGAUUUUCUACUAAGGUUAACUUCAUGGGUGCUGUACAAGUUACUGCCCUGUUUCUUGACACGGAUUGUGGCACAUCCGGGACAAAUUCAGAUGUUGCAUCUGGCAAGUAGAAGAGGGGUGCCUCUCAUUUUUCUUCCACUACACCGCAGUCACUUAGAUUACAUAUUGAUUUCUUUUAUUCUUCUCAACAACAAUAUCCGUUCACCUCUAGUUGCAGCUGGAGAUAACCUAAACAUUCCUGUGUUUGGAUGGCUCUUGAGAGGCCUAGGAGCAUUCUUUAUUAAGAGACGAAUUGAUCCAGCAGUUGGUCGACGUGAUAUAAUAUACCGAGCAGUUUUACAUACAUACAUGAUUGAGUGCCUUCGGGCAGGUCACAAUAUGGAAUUCUUCAUUGAAGGUGGAAGAACUAGAACUGGAAAACCAUGCUUUCCUAAAGGGGGCCUUUUAAGUGUCAUUGUUGAUGCAUACAUGGAUGGCACAAUUGAAGAUGCUCUACUUGUGCCAGUGAGUGUAAAUUAUGAGAAACUUGUAGAUGGCAAUUUUGUACGAGAGCUUCUAGGCCAACCCAAGCAGAUGGAAACAUUCACUCGUGCAAUUCGUGGCAUCUGGAAAGUUCUGAGUUCAAACUAUGGAACAAUGAGAAUAGAUUUCAACCAACCUUUCUCGUUGAGGGAACUUGUGCAGUCAUUCCAAUCACUUAACAAGCAGAAAACAAAAUUCUUUUCUGACAACAUUGGAGAUAACACAUAUAAUCAGUACCUGAGUCCAAGUGAUGGUAAUGCAAACAACUUGACCAUAGAAUGCAACAAAAAUUUCCAUUCGGCUCCAUCAAGUACUUCACUUUAUGGUACGGACUUUGUUGAUGAAGAACAUAGGUUGCUGGUAGAAAGUAUUGCUAGGCAUAUCCUAUUCGAUGCCAGUUGUUCCACAGCAGUCAUGUCUACCAAUGCAGUAGCAUUUCUGCUGCUGGGAAAAUUUAGGACUGGCGCUACUGUUUGUCAGCUUGUUCAAGAAUUGGACAGGUUACGUGAUGACCUACAUCUUGCUGAUAGAGAUACAGGUUUCUCGGGACAUUCCGUUGAUGUCAUUAAUCAUGCUCUUGAACUUCUGGGUCCUGGCCUUGUUAGAAAAGACAGACGAGUGGUUUCUUUAGACGGCCAGUCAGAACCAGAACCUACUGUUUUUAUUGAGCCAGUUACUAUGCUGCCUAAUGUUAUAGAACUGUAUUACUAUAGCAGUGCAUUACUUCCAUUCUUUGCUGUGGAAGCUGCAAUAGGUUCUUCCCUUUGUUCUCUCAUACAAUGGGAGUGUCAGUCACCACAAACGAAACAGAUAUCUGAAGAAGCUAUCAUACUGCGGGCAUAUGAACUGUGUAAUAUACUUCAGUUUGAAUUCAUCUUCUGCAAACCUUGUCAGAUGUUGGAAAAUGUCAUCAUAGACAAGCUAGACAAUUUCAAGUACAAAGACAUUUUGUCACAGGAUAUAGUAUGUUACACAGAAGAGCAGGAGAGGAGUCGAAGACUAGCAAGAUACAUUUUGCCAGAUGAUAGUUCUGAUGAAGAAUUAUACACAAAGCCUACACAUUAUGUGGUAAAUCUUGAUGCAAAAUCCAUAGAGCAUCUGAGAUAUUUUGAAGGUCUUUUAAGACCAUUGAUCGAUACAUAUGCUAUUAGCGCAGAAGUUCUGAGUCGCCUUGUAGGCCGGCAACUGCUCGAGAAGGAACUGGUUCAAGAAAUUCUAGCAGAAAUCAAAACACAAAUUGACCUUGGUCACUGCUUUCAUGAGGAAAGUUUGUCUGUUGAACCUGUGAAGAAUUCGCUUAAGUUGUUUGAACAUUGGGGUCUGCUGGAGUGCCAUACACAAGAAAAAAUCAAAUUAUAUUAUUUGAAAGAAGAAUUUGAUUCCGAACAUCAAGUGCAGAAAAUUUUUGACAAGAUUCAAAAAUUCAGGAUCAUCAAGAGAUGAACUUAGCAUCACGUUUGUGCAGUGUAUAUAACAUUACAGUGAUUCAAAACUGUUCAGUUCAAUUAAGGUUCUUUAUUUUUCCUCCUUUGCCCAUUGUCAUCUAGAUUUUACUUUCCCUGAUGAUAUGUAAAAUCAAGAAAUUGUUGUACAUACACAACCAUAGACAUAAUUUUUGCAGAUUAUCAGACAUGAUUUUCUGCUAUAAAAUCCAUUAUUGAUUGCAGAUUCUGCAGCUUUAAUGGAAAAAGUCCUGUAUCUGAGAUAUGUAUUCUUAGAGAAUGAAAUAAUGUAAAAUAAUUGUCCUCAGUGGCAUAUAUUUCGUGAGAGUUCUCACAGUUGUACAUAC